AUGCGCUCGUACUCUUCGCUCCUUCUUCUUGGAGCCACUGCCCUCAAGGGGGCAAGUGCCCUUCCGUCUCGCAACGUUGUCGGCGACAAGCACAUCCAGAAGCGUGAUGUUGCGUCGUGGUUGACCACCGAAGUUCCCUACGCCCAGGAGCGUCUUCUCUGCAACAUCGGUGCCAGCGGAUGUGCGGCGUCGGGUGCCUCCUCGGGUAUCGUCAUUGCCUCACCUUCCAAGUCCAGCCCCGACUAUUGGUAUACAUGGACCCGUGACUCUGCACUGGUCUUCAAGCAGAUUGUGGACCAGUUUGUCCAAAGCUACGACAGCAGCCUCGAGACCGAGAUCCAGAACUACAUUAUCUCUCAAGCUGCCCUCCAAGGCGUGUCGAACCCUUCGGGUUCACUCUCUGGCGGUGCUGGUCUCGGCGAGCCAAAGUUCAACGUCGACAUGAGCCAGUUUACCGGUUCUUGGGGUCGUCCCCAGCGCGACGGUCCUGGUCUCCGCGCCACGGCCAUGAUCGGCUAUGCCAACUGGCUGGUCGACAAUGGGUACACUUCCACCGCCCUGAACGUUGUUUGGCCCGUCAUCCAGAACGACCUGGCCUACGUUGCCCAGUACUGGAACUCUACCGGUUACGACCUGUGGGAGGAAGUUAGCGGCUCGUCGUUCUUCACCACUUCGGCUCAGCACCGCGCCCUCGUCGACGGUGCCGCCCUUGCUACGGCACUUGGCACCUCGUGCUCGGCUUGCACGACCAUUGCCCCGCAGAUCCUCUGCUUCCUCAACAGUUACUGGCAGUCGAGUGCCGGCUACGUCGUCGUCAACACUCAGUCUGGCCGUACUGGCAAGGACUGCAACUCGCUCGUCACUUCCAUCCACGCGUUUGACAUCAAUGCGGGCUGUGACGCGUCGACGUUCCAACCCUGCUCGGACCGUGCGCUCGCCAACCACAAGGUCGUGACCGACUCGUUCCGCAGCAUCUACUCGCUCAACUCGGGCAAGGCCGCGGGAACCGCCUGCGCUGUCGGUCGCUAUCCCGAGGACUCGUACUACAACGGUAACCCCUGGUUCCUCUGCACGCUCGCCGCCGCCGAGCAGCUUUACGACGCCAUCCUCACCUGGCAGAAGCAGGGCUACAUUCAGGUCACCUCGACUUCGCUCGCCUUCUUCACCGACCUCGUUUCGGGUGUGACUGCUGGCACUUACCAGUCGUCGUCGUCCACGUACACCUCCAUUAUCAACGCCGUGCAGACGUACGCCGACGGCUAUGUUCAGAUUGUCGCCACGUAUGCCGACAGCAACGGCGGCCUGUCCGAGCAGUUUGACAAGUCGACCGGUGCCCAGACGUCGGCCGCCGACCUGACCUGGUCGUACGCCGCGCUCCUCUCUGCCGCCAACCGCCGUAACGGCAUUGUGCCCCCGGCAUGGGUGGGUUCGCUCGGCACCUCGCUCCCUUCCACUUGCUCCGCCACCUCGAUCUCGGGCUCGUACACCUCCGCAUCGGCCGCAACCAGUUUCCCUGCCUCGCUGACCGCCACCGGCACCGGCGGUGCGACUAGCACGACGCCCACGGCGACGUCUGCCACGUCCACCAAGACCACCACCAGCACGACCGCCUCGGCAACCUGCACCGCCGUCGCCGUCACGUUCAACGAAGUCGUGACAACCGUCUACGGCCAGACCAUCAAGAUUGCAGGCAACGUCACGGCGCUCGGUAACUGGGCGCCGAGCUCGGCCGUCGCCCUCUCCGCUGCCAGCUACACGUCCUCGAACCACCUGUGGUUCGCCAACGUCAACGUGUCCCCCGGCCAGACCAUCCUGUACAAGUUUAUCAACGUCGCGUCAGACGGCACAGUCACGUGGGAGAGCGACCCGAACCGCUCGCUCACGGUGUCGAGCUCGUGCACGGCCGUUGUUGUCAACGACACCUGGCGUUAA